AUGGCCACCACGCACUUAGGAACAGGUUUAUACGUCGACGACACCCUCAACCUCACAGUCCGACGAGACCUCCCCAUCCCCAAGCCAGCGGCCGACGAGAUCCUCGUAGAAAUGCUAUACUCCGGCGCGACCCCCGCCGACACCAAACACGCAACGCAGCUGGACAUCCGCCCCGCCGUGCUGGGCUACGACUUCUUGGGGAAGGUGCUCAAGAUCGCACGGCAAUGCCAUCGCUUCCACCCGGGCGAGACCGUCGCAGGCUACACGCCCACGGGACUGACCCGUACGACUAAAUACGGCACCCACCAGUCGUACCUGGCGUGUCCGGAGAAAAUGGCGUUCCGCGUGCCCGCCGCCCUCCCGUUCCCGGACGCCGCGGCUCUCACCGUGGACGUCAUGACGGCGGCGGAUGCACUGUUCAACUUGUUUGGGAUUCCCCUUCCGCAGGAAGAAAGCCGCAGCGUGGGUCUCUGCGCCGUCCAGCUCGCGCGAGCCAGCGGCGUCUCCCCCAUCCUCAUGACGGCAUCUCCGCAGCGCCAUGCCCUGCCCACGGAGCUGGGCGCCACCCGUUGCUUUGAUUACAGGUCCCCCCAUGGAAUCGAGGAAAGUGACACGAUAGUGGCUUACGGAACCGACGCCGUGGGAAGUGUCCCGCAAACUGAAGACUUCUCGGCGACGCUGCUGGUUCGCUGUCUCGCCCCCGAGGCCGACCUCGUCUCGCUGGUCGUCCAGGACGCUCCCCGUUUUUGUGUGCCGAUUGCGACCCCUAACCGCGACGUGACUGUUAGAGUUGUAAAGGUGCGGCCCAUCAACAUCUCUGCGAGGCCGGCGGACUUUGAGCGCGCGUGGCGGGUGUUGGAGUGGGCGAUAAGGGGCUACGGUGUGCGCUUCCGGCUGCCUCGCGAUGAGGUCUUCGGGGAGUCGACGGAGGAUGCGCUGGAGGAGUUGAUGGGGUUGGCGGAGGGUGGGAGGCGGCUUGGGAAGGUGGUGCUUCGCCAUCCGUUGGCUUGA